AUGAGUCCUAGCCUAACGAGGUUCACUUACGAGCUAGUAUACAAUUUACUGCCUGUGCAGUCGAGUAAUUCCAGCUAUUAUGAGGUUGAGAGCGAUCCCUUUUUUGAGAACUGUCGCCUCCUUCUCUUCAACACGUCGACUUCAUGUGGCAUUGACUCUAUAGUUGAAGAUACUUUGAGGCUAAUUGAGAUAAUAACUAAGCAACAAAAAGUGGAGCUACUUUCAGAGAAUGCACUAAACUCUAUGGCUGUUAUUCUGAGGCUGUUCAGUGAUAUUGCGGAGACGUGCUGGAAAAACGAAGAGAAGCGCAGGGGCGUGAGGCUGCAGGAAGAUGUGGACGAGCAAGAAACCAUAGCUAAGAACACCCUGGGGUUUUCCACACAGAAACUAUGCUUCCACACGGUGCGACCAAAGCCCAUAGAUGCUUCGCUUGCAGUGAAGCUGAUAAAAAUCGCUAACAGAUUAAAGUUUAACUCCAAUAUAAGAGAGGCAUUAAGAAACAUAUCCGUGUCACUUUACGGAAGCCAUGCAUCUUCUAAUCCGAUUGGUGUAAGCGAAGGACAACGGGCUCUGUGUGAUCGAUAUCCUAAGCUUGUGGAGAUUAUUGACCUCAAUUUCGAUUACAUAUUACGCUUCGUUUCAGCAUCUAAUCCAAACGAGUACUUCGAGUUUUUGAAUGCCUCGGUAAUUGCGCCACUUGUCGUAACACAUACCAGUCCGGAAGGUGACGUAGUGCAUCAUUUAGACUUGUUUUCGUGCUUUUUCAUAACUACCAGGAGCUUGAGCCGGUACCUGCAAGUGGUUUCAAAAGUGCUCGAAAACUUAAAAAAGAAUGCAUAUCAAGAGCUGAUGCUCAUGUUCUCGUCGCAAGCAUUGAUGGUUUGGGUACUCUCACGGCCUGCCGAAUAUGUCACUCUAAUGAGUCAGGCGAAGUCAUCUCCCAAAAAUGAGGAUGUUGUUGGGAUCUGUAAACAAGCUUCAUCGCUUUUUGACGAUAUUUACUCUUCUUUUAACGCGUCAGCCCUUCUCACGAUGACAACAACUUCCAAUUCAGCGAUAAGUGAACACAAGAAUGUUUCAUCAAGUAGUAGUACCACGGUUUCCACGUCGUCAUCUGCGAUCACCACAGGUUCUAAUAUUGAGACUGUCGAAGCGAAGGAGCCCCUCACCUCCUCAGUUGGAAAAGAGGAAGGCUAUUUUUUCUUAGGUUCAAAGUUUUUCAGUUCAUCGACCAUUACAGGUAUAUCUUUUGAGGCCGAGGAUCUCGCUCACCUCUCAGUCUUGAGAUUUUUAUCAGUUAUUCUCCUCUUGCAGCCGGAAACCUUCGAAGAGGUCAAUGAUAUGAGCUUCAAAUAUAUAACGGACGAACAACUAGAGGAGGGUUCCGGCGAAAAGUCCUCUGAUGAUGAUAAGCUCAUGAGAUCACAGUCAAUAUCUUCUUCCAAAAUUAGGGCGCCAGCACACCAUAGAACACUACAAAGCCUUAAAAAGUUGUCAUCAUUUUCUUCAGGAAACAAGAAAACCAAAUUUUUGAGCACACUUUUGAGGAACAUCAACGGGUCUCAAAUUGUAUCAGAUGUUUCCUUACUCAACACACUCAGAACAUCUGUGAUUAUCCUCAGACUUGCUUCAUCGAUUAAUUUAACCGAAAAUAAUUCACCAGUAGUCCUUUUCGCAAAGCGCUUAUUGUUUGUCGUUAGCGACUCCCUUCAACUUUGCGAGGAAUCAAAAGCCAAAAAGAACCCUGUGAUUGCAAGAUGCCUUUACAGAAAUCCCACAUCACACUUAAGACUUCAGGUCGCAAUAUUCCCUCCUGCUCUGAUCAUGGAGCCACAGCGCUUUGUUACAAGAUUAUCUCAGUUCACUCAAGUGAAGCAUAACGAUUACAAGUACCUUCGAAUUCUCUCUGAAGGUUUCAAGCUUUUUUUCGGAAUCCCCAACGUACCUGUGAAUGUUCUCUGUGUCGUUUUACAAACAACAGAUUUUUUAAAGCCAACCCUUCAUAAUAUGUCUGAUGUCAUCUUGAAGGCCUCUCCCUACUUUUCUGCUAAUGUUUCAGAAAUUGUGGACGAUAUAUUAAGUGGUAAAAUAUGUGAUGACUCUGAUGUGUCUAAAGUUGGAAGACCCCUCUCCCCUUCCUUGUCACCGAUUGCCAUUAAUUCGCUUGUGGCAAGGAAUAGUCCCGCCAAGAGUAGUAUACCACAGUCACCUUCGUCGUCUUCCGUGUCCUCGAAUGCUAGUUCUCACGGAGAAAGAGCGAGUACUUCUACUAAUCGCACCGAUAUCGUUGCUCCACGUGCCCGACGGCCAUCUUCCUCUUCUGUUGUAAUUUCGUCUAAAACCACUUCAAAACCUUCUUCACCUUCGGAAACGGAAAAGCACCAACCGAGUGUUCGGUAUCAACUUGAAAAUUUACACAGGAGCGUUCGAUCACCAUUGCGUUUGGGACGGUCGAGGCAACCAUCAGACGAAUCCCUCCCACCGUUCCAGCCACACCCGCUGGCUGAAACGAGUACUUUGAGUACUAUAUCAAGUUGCUUGCCCAAUAAUAUUGAGAAAACCGACCUUGAGGAUGCGAGGGCGGUAUUAAUUAACAUUAUUUCCGUCUACAAAAGAAUGAUCAACUACUUUUUUGUUUCGUACGACGCAAAUGGACGAGUCAAAUUUAGCGGCAACUAUAAACAUAUAAUCAAGCCUCUGUUUGUUGGGUUGAUCGAUGAUCAUCCAAUUGUGCAAGAGGCAACAAGGUCUUUCAGCAAUAUAAUGGCAUCGUACUCUAUUGCGUUAGAGUCGGGUGAUUUAACCAAAGAUAUACAACAAGGAAUUUAUCGGGGAGCCGCAUAUUUAGUAACGCUUGUAUCCAUGACAUUGUUCAACCUCACUCUUGAUGACAAGAAAAGAGAAGAGCUACUGGAGGUUGUGGCAAGGUACCUCGAGGUUAGGUCAGAGCUUCUAACACUGUUUGAGGAAAGUGGUUCCUUGGACUCGAUUCGGGAAAUUGAGAAGUCCACUCAUGUAUUGUUACAGGGUGCAACUGGAAGAGCUUUAUUUUCAUCCUUAUAUUCCCAUGAACCUCGAAUUCAUAAGCUACUUCGCCUAUGCUUCAAAAACUAUCUCAGAGAGCUCGAGAACCACGAUAAAAUAAUUGGCAAGCUAGACGAGCCGGGAAGUUCCAACAAAGAGUUCCUCAAGGCUAUGUGCCGUGAUAACUACGUUUCUACGGGUGCUGUGGCUUUCCAGCGUCGCUUAAGGACAGACAUCUUAAAAUACAUGGAACAUCCCGAUAGAAUUCUCUUCGACACUCUAGAUUUAGUUUACAAUCGGUGGAUAACUUUGAGCCGCAAGACCACCCUCUCUUCUUCAGAAGCCAGUCAUUUUAGAAAUUUUGCGGGGAUCAUUGCUUCAUGCUGCGGCGUAUUCUUAACAACCAGAUCAGACGUACUUCAGGAAUUUUCUUAUUUCAAUGAACUACGAGGCCGCGUAAUGGAUUACAUCGAUUACUUCAUCAUGAAGCAAUGUUGCUGGUUAAAUAAUGCGAAUUUACUUACUCGUGAAAAUUCCAAAGAUAUUCUGAGUAUUGAAUUACAUCCACUUGGCUUUAAGCUGUUGUUCAAAAACCUAAAGAAGAGGACAGACGAACUGGAGCAAUUGGAUUUGACGGAUCCAAAGAACGAUACCGCAUUUCUCCUUUUAGAGCAAAUAAUUCUCAUUUUGAGGACACUCCUUGAAAGAGAUGAUGCAAAAGAAGAAUUGAUACUAGUAUCGCUGGAAUUACUUGAUUUAAUUGAACAGCUUUUUAAAAUAGUGGAAAACAUAUCACAUAAAUCUACAAAAUACUACAAGGCAGUGAUACACAUGUCGAAAAUGGUCAGAUCUUUCGAACAUGCGGAAAAGAGUAUUUGUGUGUCGGGAUACUUGUUAAUAAAAAAUAGAUGGUUGCGUUUGGUGAUUUCGUGGUUCAAGGCAACUAUUUUCAAAGAGUACGAUUUUGAGAAUUUAGGCCGGUCUCAUCGUGAAAUGAAUCUGAAGAGGCGUGAUAUCGAUUACCUUUACAUUGACACAUCUAUCGAGUCAUCUAAAGCAUUAGCAUACAUUACAAAAGACUUGAUGUUAGAAGUUCCUCAAUCGAUUUCCGAAAGUGAACUCAAAAGGUCUAAAGCUGUGAUAUUUGGAAAUUACUUCAGUAUUCUUUUGAAAGGUUUGGAAAAGAGUUCUUCACUUGAGAACUUUCCACCAACAUUACGUCAUAAGGUUGGAGUUUUAAAUGAAAACAUCAUAACUUCCCUUACCAAUGUUCUCAACGCCAAUGUGGACGUUGGUCUACGUUAUGCUUUGCCUAUUGGAUAUUCGAAAAAUCGUAACAUCAAAGUAGCCUUCUUGAAGGUUUUCGUUAACAUCAUUUCAAACUAUGAUAUUCAUAAGACGAAAUCACUAGAGAUGAAGAAUGACAUCAUAGAGAAGUACGUGAACGAAAUUCUGAAACAUCCUCAGUUAGUGCCCUUGACAGCACAUGUUUGCCCAGCGAAUGACAUUGAUGCACUUGCAGGCAGUCUCCUAACAGUUUUUGAUGUCAAAAACUGCUCUCACAUCAUAGUUGUUGAACUUAUAAAAGACGAAAUACAGAAAGCUUCUAGAUACUCGGAUGUUUUAAGAAGAAAUAGUUGCGCAACAAGAGCUUUAUCCAUGAUAUCAAGGCUAAAGGGGACAAAUAAUUUGGUCAAGAUUUUAAAACCAGUUCUUGAUGAAAUAAUCGAAAAUAAUGAUUGCUUUGAGGUAGAAAAGCUCCCUGCAGACCACCCAGAUGCCGCUAAAAAUUUACAACUCUUUACCAAAUACUUAAACCUAUUGAUUGAUUCUAUUGUUGGUGCAGUUGGUGAUCUUGCGCCUGAAUUCUAUAUCCUUUGCCAAACAAUUUAUACUUGUGUGGAGGAAAAAUUUCCCGAUUAUGGAAAGACAGCAGUGGGUUCCUUUAUAUUUUUGAGAUAUUUUUGCCCCGCUAUCGUGAGUCCAGAUGCUGAAAAUAUUGUGGACCCGCUUAAUUCGAGACAAAAGCGGACUUUUGUGAUUCUCGCAAAAAUGGUUCAGAACAUUGCAAAUGGUUCAAUAGGCUCCAUCAAAUGGCCUUUAUUGCAAGAUAAGCAAUCAUUUUUGAGCGAGUGCAACAAAAAGAUCUCCGAUUAUUUGCUUGCUUUAGCUCAAAUAGAUCGACCAGUAAAGAUAAAGCUCUGUAUGGAGAAGAAGGUGACCAUCAAUGAGUUCAAUUUCAUGCACAAAUUCAUUUAUCAACACGGCUUGGAGAUGAGAGGUCUUCUGAUCGUUGGCGUAGAGACGACAAGUGAGUACCUAAUAAUGAAGAAUGUCGCAAAAGUUACAGAUCAGCUUUUGCAUAUUCUUGGUCAACCCCGUAUGGAAUUUCGAAACGAGAUUCCGCCCUAUAUUAGGGAGAAGAUGGAUGAAUAUCCCGAGCUUUAUGAUUUUAUGAGCCGCUAUUCUCUCAGAACGUUGGACUUUAACGACGAUAUUCCUUAUAUCCGCGAAGCGGUCUCACCGGAGGGGUUUCCAGUAAUUGUUUUCACUUACAAAAUGUUGGAGAAACAAGAAUGUGAUCCCGAAGCAUUAACAUACAGAACAGUCCAAGUAUACUCAAAGAUAUGGGCCACAAAGCACUAUUUUGUCGUCGAUUGUACAGGAUUCAAUGCUCCAGGAUUUCAAGUAAAGAAGCUGUUCACAUUUUUCAUGAAUUUGAUCCCCAGCGAAGCCGCUCAAAAUUGCGUUGGAAUGUACUAUUUCAAUAUGUCAGAAAAAUAUUGCGAGUGGUGGCUACCCCUUUUCAAAGGAUACAAUCCUUAUUUGUCGCCAUUUAAGACACCACACCAUUUUUUCAACAGCGAUGCUAGCCCAGACGUAGUAAAAAAUCUGAAGCUCUCGAAUUACUCCAACGAAGUUUACUCAGAUGUAAGAGUUACACUGCACGACGUUUCAUUGUAUGAUCCAAAGAAAGGAAGAUUCACACCUGUCACUUUGAAGAUUGGUAAUAAGUACAUACAGAUGAUCAGCGAUACUCCCAUAAGAUUCAAGGUUCAGGGCGUUGAUGAUGUUAUCGAAAUAAAGUUCAAUAAUGUUUAUGAGAUUGCGAAUUUGGACUCUACUGUUGUAUCAUCUGAAACAGGCGUUCCAUCAGAAUUCACUAUAAAUUUCAUUGACAAUACUAAAAUGAUCUUUUGCAGUUCCAAGUACUUGGAAAUCAUCAAAAUUUUUUACUACGCCCAAGCAAGAAUUGAGGAGGAGUAUGAUAAUGACAAUUUUAAUGAUACUGAGCGUAUUCAAAAUGCCCUCAGUGACGAACACGAAGUGAAAGAAAUAUUUGGCGAUAUUUUGCUCGUAAUAUUCGCAGGCUUUUGUAGCGACGACGAUGAUGUCAAGAACAUUUCUUACAAUUUACUUGCUGCCACACAAGAGUCAUUCAAUCUUGAUUUUGGCUGUAAGCUUCGCGUCUCGCCUGAAGUCCAUGUUCCCCACGAUACCUCAGCUUUUUGUUAUUCAUUACUGAAAGGAUUGGCAAGAACAGCGCCUGAAUUGUCGUUCAUUGUUUGGAAAUCGAUAUUAACAGGUUUGUCGGGUGUUCUAGAUGAUCCAUACAUCCCACACGUUAUUUCAACUCUCACACCUUGGGUUCCAAACUUGUACAAAUAUGUUUAUCUUGCGAACGAUGAGCAGGGCCCAGAAAAUGUUUCUUACAUCAUUCGCACCCUCAUCAAACUAAGCAUUGCAGAUGAAAGGUUGACUAUGAUUUACAAUCAAUGUAUAUGGUCAGCUCUAAUUUUAGAGGCCGACUUAGUCGAUGUUAUUGUUGAUGAGAUUGUCAAUCACUCGUUGGAUCGGGAAUCGGAAGGCGUUGAUUGGAAAAAUGUAAUAUCUCUGCUCACUAGAGUGGCAACAGUCGAAGUUUGCAGCAAGGUUAUUAAUAGAAUUAUGAGGAUAACAAAGUCGUUUCUUCCAUCGCUUAAGCUAGAAGCUUCUACGAACAGUUGGUCUGAACUUAUUAUAUUAUUCACAAUUGCAGUUUCACUAUUUUUCGACUCUUUACUUCUGGCAGAGAUGUAUCUUCCUGAAGUUCUUUACAUUGUAUCUUUACUGAUUGAUGUUGGCCCUUCAGAGUUGAGAUUGGAACUUCACAAGCUCUUAAUGAACGUAUGCCAAUCAUUAUCGACUAAUGAAUCCAUAUCUGCAUCGAACAGAGCUAAGAUCGAUGAAGUAAGCACAACAUUUUCUCGCCAUAAAUUGAAGUUCAUGUUUGGAUUUAGCCAAGAUAAGGGCCGUAUUCUUCAAAACUUUAAUGCGUCAUCUUUUUUGACCAAGUUUACCACUCUAGAGAGUUUCAUUGGCAAUAUUAUAAUAUUAAUGGAAAAUGCGUCCGAAAGUGAACGAAUUCAGUGGAAAGCGAAGUUCAACAAGUAUAUUGUAGACACCGUUUUCAAUGUGGAUUCUUUCUUAUCAGCUCGUGCUGUAAUGAUUAUCGGCAUUAUUGGACAAAGAGGUAUCUCUGAAUCUCUUUGUAAGAGCUUGCUCCAACAAACUAUCAAGAUAAUUGGUGAACCCUAUACUAAUGAUGAAUUAUUAUUCUUCAUUAUUUCGCACGCUUUCACAUACAGCAAAGUUGUAGAGGGUCUUGAUCCUAAUUCUAAACUGUUAAGGCAUUUGUUUUGGCUCUCUGCAACGUUUGCUCAAUCUCCGAACACGAUAUUUUAUCAUGGUGGGUUACUCUUCAUGGCCAAUGCCUUGAAGCGCAUUCACUUAGGCGAAAGACCGUCUACACAGCCACUACGCACAUGCUUAUUUGAAAGUCGGGAAUUUGCAGAAUCUCCUUUAUCACAGCUAGAAGCCAUGUCAAGUUUAAAGUGGACAGAGAAUAAUUUCGCCCACAUUAUAAUAAAUCUUAUUAGCAAAGGGUUGUUAGUUCCUUAUAUCAAGGCUACAGCGGUAGAUUGCUUAAAGUUGUUUUUCACCAUAUCAUUUCGCGAUCGUGGACAAUUCCCAAACGAGGAUCACUGGAGUUUCUUGCUGUUUCUCUAUUUGAUAAUGAGGCCCGCAAAGUUGAAGCUGCUCUUGGAAGAAGUCCAAAUGACCGAUAAAUUGGUUUAUUUAGAUGAGCAGAACUUUGUCACGGAAGGCUUAUUGAACUGGAUGGAUUCUGACUCUGAUAAUUCGAUUAUUGCCCUAUACCAAGCUUCUGUCUAUUUUGCCUCCGGUGUUUCUGACGAGUUGAGUAAAAUACGAUAUUUGCUGUUGAUUGGCCACCUUGCUAAGGUCAGACCUGUGAAACUGUUCAGGGUUUAUCAAGUAAUUAGGACAGAAUUGAGAAGAAUCUCAGCACUAGAUGUGCAAUCCGAAUUCCCACAGUUAGUCUUUUCUAUUGCACAAACCGUGGUAUUGCAUAAAGGCUACUUUCAGGAAGAAUACUACAUGGCAAAAACUGACAAAUUGAUAGAUGAACGUGGUUUGAGGGGAAUAAAAUCAAUUGAGUUUCCGUCAGCUUCGAGUGAUGUAAUGUCUGGAGUUCGAUCAAAUCCGUAUGCGAUAUAUGAGAGGAAAAAGUUGACUGUAAUGAUAAUGGCCAGAAUGACACAUUCGAUCUGA